AUGCGCAUACCUUCCAUUGGAUCUGUACUUGCACUUAUCUGCAGCGGUGCUAUCAUUUUUCACGCUAGUGCUAUACCGGACCUAGACAUGCUGAAGGUAAAACGCGACACCACCGCCACUGAUGCCACCGAUGUGUCUCUGCGCAAGAUCGACUGGAAGCUCGUCAAAGGAGGCCUCAGCAAAGUCAACAAGCCACUCCUUACCGCAGCAACUUGCACCUCGGCAAUUUUCACAGUGUUGAGCUACUACCAGCGAGAUAACCGUGCAAACUCGUGUGAGCCCCUUUGGGGAAGUCAAGGGUCAGAUGAUGGGUCCCAGGAGAUCAACUUCUACUACUACGUGACUACUACUGGGAAAAACUGUGAUUCCACUGCACAGCUCAAAACUAUAUCUUUGGCAAUUGAUGAUGCUUGGGACGAUGUGCAUAACAAGAAGUAUAACUAUGCGUGCAUCGAUCUCAGCCACGGAGGCACCUGGCACGGGCAUCUUGCUGUUGCUACCACUGCCUCUGGUAAGGAUGUUAACACCAUGUGUAGCUAG